AUGUUGCAAACCUUGCGUGUACCGGUACUGCUCACUCGCUCGUCAACACGAUGCUAUUCCUCCACAGCGCGUUUCACUAAAGUGCGCAACGUACCGUAUGAUGGGAAACAAAAGAUACAAAACUUCGACACGACGCAACCUGUACUCUUCAAAGGCAGUUUUGCAGACUAUCCCGCAAUUGCAAAAUGGUUUACACAGGAUCAUCAGUCUCACACUAUACUAACACCCGAGCUCUCUCACCACGGCGAUGCCAUUGUCCCCCUCGAACUCACGCGCUUCGCCUCGCCAGAGAAUCCCAAGGCCGCAACAUUUGAGCGCUUCAAUGCACCCCUCUCCCUCUUGCUUUCACACAUGACUGGGCCAGAAACACCACAUAUGCGACUCUAUCUCGCCCAACACUCGCUCUCCGACCUCCCCCUCGCACUGCAGGACCAGCUCCCCACGCCAGCCGUGCUUAUGCAACUCGGCCGCGGCGACGUCUACGCGAGUAGCUUGUGGAUGGGGCGACCGCCGACGCGGACACCCUUGCAUCGCGACCCGAAUCCCAAUCUCUUUGUGCAGUUGGCGGAACGGAAGAUUGUGAGGUUGAUGAGGCCGGAGGUGGGUAAGGGAGUGUACGAGCGUGUUAGGAGGGAAGUAGGCAAGGGUGGGGGGAGAGCGAGUAUGAGAGGUAAUGAGAUGAUGGAGGGAGAUGAGAUGGUUGGGUUGGAGAAUGCGGUUUGGGGCGAUCAUGAUGAGGGAGAGGGUGUAGAGGCAGAACUGGAGAGUGGAGACGGAUUGGCGCCAACUCUUCUGUGA